AUGAGUUCUUUCAGUAAUUCGUUAUUCUCUGCACCAGAGUUGUGCUUGGUGAAGUUUUAUUUAAAACAAGCAGUUGAAAAAAGCAGUUUUAAAUGUUUAAAAGACAUUGAGGAAAGUGAAAGUGAAAAGCUUGUUGUUGAGUUUGUAGUUCCAGCAGUUCAACAAAGCAUUCAAGACUGUUCAAGUGUCGGACAUUGGAGAUAUGAAAAGGAUUAUGUUUUGUUGAAAAUUCAUGGAUGGUUCUUCAUGUCAUGGAUGACUAAGAGAUUUGAUAUGACAGAUGAAAUAUUUCCUCGCAUUGCCACUGUGUUUUAUCUGGACGUCUUGAGAAUGUGUCAGUUUGAAAAAUACUUGACGCAGGUAUUAUAUUUUUGUAUAUUUCAGUAUAUGUUUAAUGUUGCAGUGUGCCCCCCCCCCCCAUAGCAAUAUUACUUUCUAAGAAUUUUAAUCAGGUGUGGGGGGGGGGGACAAUCAGGGUCGCCAAAUAUUAUGAUAAUAACCUUUUGCUUUCUUUGUUGGAAACAAAGAGAUCAAAGGGCUGCUGAUAACAAUGUUUGGCUUAUAUAUUCAGGCAACCCUGGCAGGGGUGGCGGAACAGGGGGGGCUAAAGCCCCCCCAGAAAUAAAAGUUUUGAUAUAAGUCCGAAAAAAUUUUUUUUGUCCCUUUUUUUGUAUAUUUUACCCCUAAAGUGGUACAUUGACCCAAAAUUUUUUGGCGACUUGCGCCGAAAAAAUUUAGCCCCCCCAGAAUGAAAUCUGUUCCGCCGCCGCUGAACCCUGGACAUAAUAGAAAAUUCAAUCCCAAUGAACAAACAAUAGUAUAUAAGUUGGCUCAUUCCAUUUAAUAUCCACCCGCCCUCCCUAUGGAUAACAUUGUAACCCCUAAGAAAAAAAGAUAUAAGUGCCAACACAAAACCCCCCCAAAAAUUUUUAAUUUUCUCCUUACCCCUCGGACAAAUCACAGAGAUCAAAGGAUGCCGACAGGCUUAACUCAAAUGACUUUGGGGUCACCUUUCAGAAAACUUUGUCCUUGGGGGUGGGGGGGGGGGGUGAAAUUCAGAUAACAUACUGCAUACAUGCAUUAAUCACUGCGCCACCAUAACCAAGCUUUCAUAUACCGCCAUCACAUCACCAAUUAAAAAUGUUUUUUUUGUAUUUUGCAGUGCUUGUCGAAUGUGAGUGAAGCAAUUACAGAAGUAUUACUACAAGAUAUUGCAAGCAACGCUUGUGAUGACAAAUCAAGCUUACUGUUGCAACUUGUUGAACAAUGUCUGUUGCAGCUUGGUUGUUCUGAAGAAAACAUUGGGAAAAUUUUGGAUACUAAACUUUGUCAUAUCUUAACACAACUGGCCAAGAAUGUUGAACAGCAAUGGGUGAAAGUUGAUAUGUUGUCAAAACUAAGUGACAAAUUGAAUACACUCCUUGCAAAAUUAAAGAAAGGUCCAAGAAAUAACUUUGGAAAUGUUUUUACAGAGAAAAUGAACAUUAUUGAGUUUAAUGAAAAGCUAUCAGACUUUAUGAGUAAGGUUGAAGAACAGAAGAUGACAAUGAAACCUGCACUAAACAAUCCUGCAGCCAAGGUCAUGGACAGUUCCCAAGAACUUGUUAAAACUAUCUUAUGUCUAGUUUCCUGCAUCAACCAUAUCAUAACAAUUGAGUUGAAAUCACUCUUUACUUGGCAGUUGACUGAUCUUGGCAAUGAAGUUAUUGAAGAGGUCAAGGAUACAAACUGUCAUGAUGUGUUGUUUAGUUUAUUCACAGCUUGCAAAUCUUUACAAACGUGGGUGGUGGACAAGGAUUUACCAUCAUAUAAUGAACUCCAAGUUGUGACUGAUGUGCUGGAGCCAUACUUGCAACAACAUGCAACACCCGAGGAAAUGUCCUGUACUAAAGACACCUCAAGUGGCCAAAAUGUUGGAAAUGAAAGCAUUGAUAUUGUUGGCGAAAUUGGUAAGAUAUGUUUCUACUUCAUACAAAAGUAUAUCUGCACAAAUGUUCUGUUCUUUUUUGCCUCAUGCCCAUUGACCACACCCUUUUUAGUAUAGACCACACCUUUUGCCACACCCUUUUUCUGCCUCCUCUGCAGGCUUUUGUUUUUGGCACAUACCAGUAACAUAUAGAGAUCAGUAAAAAGAUCACUUGUGAUGCAUGUUGGGAAGGCAAAUUUGUCAUCAACUAUGCCCUUUGCUACCACACCAUAUUUUGUCAUAGACCACACCCUUUGUUCCCAAUCACCAUGCCUGCAGUAUUCUGAGAAAACCUGCAAUGUUUGGCAUCAAACUAGAAACACCUUUCACACAUGAGAUGAAAUUACAAUAAAUUAGACAAGUGCAUAUAUAGUGAAGGAAUGAAACCCCAGUCACAGCUAAUGGUGAUAGAUGCUAACCACUAUGUAACCAAGACACGUUAUUGGGAGCAUAGCAAUGUUUUAUCUUUAGGUAUGAUCAUAAAUGGCACACUAGAAGAAGAAUUACAACAUGCUUUAUAUCAAAUUGAUGAGAACCUACUGGGUGAUGAAACAUGUUUUGAAUGGUGGCUGCUCAAGGAAGAACUCUACAUAGAUGAACGAUGGUUAAAAUGUGUAGAAACUCAUGCCAAGAAGUUUGUUUCAAUCAAAAUAUUGAAAAUGUUGUUGGAUGUCUUGUCUGUGUUUCAAGAAUUUGACAUCAAGCCAGGAGGUGUUCACGCCAGUAUUUAUAAUUCUUUGAAGAAGGUGCGUCCAUUUUCAUAUGAGUCACAGUUGAAAUAAUAAUCCUUGCAAUCUUAACUCAAUCCUGUCAUGGUAUUUUGUGUUUAGGUAAUUCUGGAUCUACUACGCAAUCUAACUCUUCCUGAACAAAAAGAAAUAGUUCUUUAUAACUUCGACUUAAUUUGUCUUCAUUUUGACUCCUACGAAUAUACAUUCUUCCUUCAUCCCGAUGAUGAAGCAAGCGAGAGUUUGCUUGAAGACAUUCUUACUGGAAGCAUGAACAAACUCGUGAAUAGAUCAAGCAAAGGUUUUAGUAAAGAUGUAAUGGACGGCAUUAUUCAAGCGUGUUUAGUGUCACCGUAUCUUGCGUUGAAAAAAUUAUGGACUGAUGCGUCAAAACAUGGUGGUUAUGAGAAAGUUAUAUGUGAGGUAAAGUCAAAGUUUCUACAACAAGCUGUUGUCAGUGGUUUGUGUGAACUAAGUGAAAAAGGUAUCUCAAGCGUGGAGGUACAGUGCAGGUAGUAUUUUACAAUAAGGUAAAGCUGUCGUGGUUUGUGUCUGAACUACCUAAAAAAUAUAUCUCAAACGUAGUGGUCCAGUGUACUGAGUGUAGGUAGUAUUCUACAAUAAGCUGCCGUGAUUUGUAAUUGUGUCAGAACCAACUCAAAACGUUUAACACUUUUAACACUUUUAACGCAAUAACGGUUCUAACGAAGGGCCUUUGCUAAGAACGUCAACGUGUUUUUACAAACCACAACCAGUGGCGUGCUGGGUACUAUUUUUCUGGAGGGGCCAGUGGGCUGUCAACCAAUAUGCGCCCCUAUAAUGUUACACUUGAUAAACGAGGGCCGAAGGCACGAGCCGAGUGCCGCAGGUGCGAGGUUUGUCUAGGGGGGUCCGGGGGCAUGCCCCCCAGGAAAAUUUUUGAAUUUAGAGUCUCUGAAAUGCCAUUUCCUGGACUUUGGGGGAAGAUUUGGCAGAAAUCUGAUGGUCAGGAAACGGCAUUAUAACGUCGAAAUUUGCAAUUUGAUUAGAAUUUAGUAGUAGUACUUAAAUUAUGCAAUGAUAACUACUUCCAGCGAUUAAUUUAAUCCCAAUUCUGUUCUCUACUGAUCUACUGUUCUGAGCACAUUUACAACUUAAAGCUCUUUUAUACAAUAACACACGCACCCCACGCAUAUGCAUUUCAAGGUUUCCUUGCCUGGCUGCCAAAAGGGCAUGUUUCAGCAUUAUUUCAUUACCUACAUUACUCAUGCUUCUUGUGCAAACAACUAAAUUGCGUACACAACUUUACAUCAGUUAUCAUAACUUCAACUAUCUAAUUUGCGCCGCCCUCGUGAUUCGUGAAGCAUAUUAUAAGGGCAUAAUACCAGCAAAAAAGGGCAUAAUUCCCUGAUCGCUUCGAUCGAAACCUGACCAAUAUUCCGGUAAUGAGACAUUGCCUGUGAUCACUGAUAAUGUUUCUAUAUGAACGAUUUCGUGUGAGCUGCGAGGUAGCAAAUACGGUUAGGCAAAAUAGUCUGUAAUUUAAUAUAUGUCGCCUAUGCGCUUAGUCUGUUUUAUACCGUAGCCUAUAAACACGUCUUUUCUUGGCGGAAGUAACCAUAUUUUUUCGAGAAUGUGUUUUUUCCCACCCACUUUCAAAAUUCGGCGCCCCAUUUUCAUUUUUGCGCCCCCCAAGAAUUGCCAGCUGGGGGGGCCGUGGCCCCCCGGCCCCCCCUGCCAGCACGCCACUGAGGUCCACAACAACAACAUAAGGUAAAUCCAUUGUUUCCAGUUGCUACAGAUGAUCCCAUGGUUAGUUUGGCUUGGUCGUGAAAAUGAUGAGAGUCUCAUUAUUCAAGUUGUUAAACAUGAAGUCAUGUCUUCACACGUUUUCAGCAAGAAACAAGAAGGACAAUUUUUAAAGUUGAUUGAAGCGUUGAUGCAGGUAUUGUUCUGAGUUAAGGCUUAAGCUCUUAUUAUUGUUUCUAAUUAAAGCUGUUCUUCCUAGAGGUGGAGGAAACAGGCCUAUCAUUUCUGAACAUAGUUGAUAGAUUAUUUAGAUGUUGGAUAUUCUUGGACAGUGCCUGAAAUUAGUUUCAAGCCAUAAUUUUUCUAAAUUUCAGCCUUAUGUGCAUCCAGACUUUGGGACAAAAGAGCCAGCGUUAGUAGCAGCAAUUGACGUAUCUAAAUAUGUGAUCAUGCCAUUAUUAACAGAUGAAGAUGACGUCAUUUCUCCUUCAUUACUGCUACAUAUCUUGCUGAAAUGUCUCACCUGUGGACUGAUCUCAACAGACCACUGUAGUGUUGAUCAAGAGCAUCUACUUCAAUUGCUGUUUGUUGUACUGGAAAUAUAUUCAGAAAUCGAGCAGUUCUGGGUAGACUGGGUAGGAAAUGAAAGGUUUGUUGAUUUUAUCACCAUACUGUUGCGGAUAGUUGCUUAAUGUAUUGAUCAAGAAUGAUCCAGCGUUACUACAGGAGGAAUUCCGAUAAACCCAGCGGUGUUUGAUAGAGUGCAACUGGAGACACUCUUUUGAGUUCUGUCAUGCGAAAUUAUAAUGAGGCGACCUACAUAUUACAGGAAUAGGCUCUUGGUAGCCGCUCUAAAAACAUUCAUGAUAUAUAUUGUUUCUAGUCUUGAUGGUGUACAAGACUCGACAGACUUUGAUGACGUCACGCUGGUCGAUGUCUGGCAUCAAAUGGACGUUACAUUAAAAAUUGUUGAAGAAUAUUUAGUCCCUUUCCUAACGGAAGACAUUUCACGUGAAGCUGACGGAUAUCAUGACUAUAUCACGAUUGUGCAAGACCAUUUAAACAAGUUAGGUAAGAGUGGGCAGUGUAGGUAGUAUUCUUCAAUAAACUGCCGUGGUUUGUGUCUGAACUACCUGAAAUUUUGUUUUUCUUUCAUUUAGAUUGGUUUGCGUCAUUGUUGAUAAUUCCAUUGUUACAAAGCGAUGUCUUCAAGGAGUGCGCGAUUAAAUCACCCAGCUCACUCACCAGUUUAAUGUCCAGCCAUUUCAAUGUGCAGUCAAUACAAGACAUAGGUAUGACGCCUUGAUGGGAUACCACGGUUUCCUUUGGGAACUUAGGACCAUUAUUAAAACUUGGCGCUUAACUAGACCUCUAGGGAGCUAUCUCGUAUAAAUAUAGUUCAAAUAUGUGUCUGUUAUUACAUAGAAUCAACGACAUCAUUUUGGACGAUGUAUUUCAAAAGUUGCGCUCAUUCCAACGAAGUGUUCGGGAUAUUUUUAUCAAAGUUACAAGAAAGUCGUCCACGUCAUGCUGGUUACAACGACACAGACGAAAUAAUCCAUGAUCUAGCCAAUGUAAGGUUUCAAAUAUCUCUGCGUUGUUAGUUUUGUCCAGGUAUUCUGGUUUCCUCCUGGUAUCCUCCUGUAGUAACACUGGACCAACAAGGGAUGGUGGAGCUCUAGGAAGAACAGUUUAGAAGUCAUAGAGCUAUAAAUAAAGUUUGUUUAGUUCUGAUCAAACAUUCUUUUUCUCUUUAUACGAAGCAGCUUCUUCCAUUUACCACUCGGAAACAAUGGCAGAGAAUAUUAAAUAUAGCUGUAGAAAUGAUGAAACGCGGAUAUCUGGUAGGUUUAUAAACAUCAUAUGCUCCACUGUAGCUUCAAUAAGCAUUACCACACCGCAGUUUGUGGGCAGAAAUGUUGACACAGCUAGAAGCGAGAAGAUUAAAGUAUGAAAUCCGUCAAUUCUAUUUACUGACCUCUGAAAAUACCUGACUACUCCAUAUAUUGAAUAGAAUAAACAUUAUUUUCUCCCUCUGAUAACUGCAAAUUGACCACCAUGCAUCUGCUGCACGAUAGUGCUUAGGAUAACCAAACUAUAUACUUGAAUGUCGGAUAAAAAAUGUUUCCUAGAUCUUAGCAGAAGAAUGGAAAGCUGAUCUGAUGGUGCUUCCAGAAAACUUGGAUGGCAACAUGAUAAUCAAAACCUCCGAACUCUUGGUAUUGAUCUUGCGGGAUAUUUCAAAUACAGAGUGGAGGACACCUGGUGUUUGGAUUACUCUACUCAAGAACUACGUCUUGAAUAUGAAGCAACUGUCUUUGGAAAUUGGCAACGAAGUAAGGGUUUUGUAUUAACAAUGGUUACAAACCAGAAUCCUUUGCGAUUUUGUACUAAUGGUAACUAUUUCUUAUCCUUGCAAUCCUAACCUUAUUCUAACCUUAUACCUAAUCUUGGGUAAUCUAAACUCUAACCUCAACCCCACUCCUAACCCUAAACUUAACCCCUAACCUAACCCUAAACUUAAACUUAACCCUAACUUCAUUAACCCUGACCCUCACUCUUCUAACCUAAUAAACCUAAUUUUUACUCCACCAAACGUACUUAUUUUAACCACAGAUUCUAAUUCUUUUCUAAUUCUACUCAGAAUUCUUAUGUUGACCCUCGUUUCUGCCUAUCGGUUACCUCAAUCAUGCCAAACCAUAUUUCCACUGUACAAUUAUAUUAUAACUCAUUUAUUCCCCCUCCAGGAUAAAUUUGAGGCAACCUGCCAUCUGUCAGCACAUCUUGCCUAUGUCGCUUUCAAGAUCGUUCCUGAAGACUUCCAAGAACAUAUCACCAUUAUAUUACUGGAUAUUUUCAACCAAUGUUUAUCGUGUGUAUCUGCUGAGAAUAUUGACAAGAGGUCAGACUAUCUACAAGGUAUUAUAAACAUGGUAUCUCAUAGUGACCUCAGACUCGCUAUGACGAAUACAAUGGGGAAAAUGUUAUCAAAAGAACGUAAGUAA